AUGAGCAACGUGUCCUUCCACAUCUCCAAUCUCCUGGAGAAGAUGACGUCCACCGACAAGGAUUUUAGAUUCAUGGCCACCAAUGACCUGAUGUUGGAGCUGCAGAAGGAUUCCAUUAAGUUGGAUGAAGACAGUGAGAAGAAGGUGGUGAAGAUGUUAUUGAAGCUCCUAGAAGAUAAGAAUGGGGAGGUGCAGAAUUUAGCAGUCAAAUGCUUGGGCCCUCUGGUGGGCAAAGUGAAGGAGUACCAGGUGGAGACCAUCGUGGACACCCUCUGCACCAACAUGCUGUCUGACAAGGAGCAGCUCCGGGACAUUUCUGGCAUGGGCCUGAAAACAGUCAUCUCCGAACUCCCCCCUGUGUCCACAGGCUCCGGCAUGGCGGCCAAUGUCUGUAAGAAGAUCACGUCCCAGCUCACGGGCGCCAUUGGGAAGCAAGACGAUGUGUCUGUGCAGCUGGAGGCCCUGGACAUCUUGUCAGAUAUGCUGAGCAGGCUGGGCGGGUCCCUGUUCUCCUUCCACGCGUCCAUCCUGCACAGCCUGGUGCCGCAGCUCACCAGCCCCCGGCUGGCCGUGCGCAAGCGGGCCAUCGUCGCCUUGGGCCACCUGGUCCUGACCUGCAGCCCCGGCCUGUUCUCGGAGCUCAUGGAGCAGCUGCUGACCGAGCUGGAGGGCGAGGCGUCCGUGUCCACCACCCGGACCUACAUCCAGUGUAUUGGAGGCAUCGGCAGGCAGGCGGGCCACCGAGUCGGUGCCCACCUACCAAGGAUCGUCCCUUUAGUGGUCAAGUUCUGUGCUGUGGAGGAUGAUGAACUCCGAGAAUACUGCUUCCAAGGCUUUGAGUCCUUUGUGAGGAGGUGUCCCAAGGAGAUGGGACCCUACAUUCCCAGCGUGACCAACCUCUGCUUGAAGUACCUGACUCACGACCCCAAUUAUAACUAUGACAGUGAUGAAGAUGAGAUGAUGGAGACUGAGGAUGGAGAAGAAGAUGAACAAGAAAGUGAUGACGAGUACAGUGACGAUGACGACAUGAGUUGGAAAGUCCGAAGAGCUGCGGCCAAGUGUGUGGCCGCCAUCAUUAGCACCAGGCAUGACUUGCUGCAGGACUUCUACCAGGUCCUUUCUCCAGUCCUGAUCAGCAGGUUCAAGGAACGGGAGGAGAACGUCAAGGCUGACAUUUUUGGGGCUUACAUCUCGCUGCUGAGACAGACGCAUCCUGGGCAAAACUGGCUCCGUAGCUCCGAGAUGGGCAGUGAGGAGAAUAUUCCUCUCACCAUGUUGCAGAAUCAGGUGCCCCACAUUGUCAAGGCUCUUCAGAGACAGCUCAAGGAUCGGAGUGUCAAGUCCCGCCAGGGCUGCUUCAGCGUCCUCACAGAACUAGCUGGAGUCUUACCUGGGAGCCUGGCUGAGCAUAUCCCUGCCUUGGUUCCAGGCAUUAUCUUCUCCCUGACAGACAAGGCCAGCUCUUCUAACAUGCGGAUUGAUACUUUGGCCUUCCUGAAUGUCCUCCUGUGUACCCACCCUCCCGAGGCCUUCCAUGCCCACCUGCCAGUCCUGCUGCCCCCGGUGGUGGCCUGUGUAUCUGACCCCUUCUAUAAGAUCACCUCGGAGGCCUUGCUGGUGACCCAGCAGUUGGUGAAGGUCCUGCGGCCCCUGGACCGCCCCUUGACUUUGGACCCCCAGCCCUACGUUGGGGAGAUAUUCACCGCCACCCUCACAAGACUGAAGGCAGCCGACCUGGACCAGGAGGUGAAGGAACGGGCCAUCGCCUGCAUGGGCCACAUCUUGGCCCACCUGAGAGACUGGCUGGGGGCCGAGCUGAAGCCCACCCUCCUCAUCUUCCUGGAGCGCCUAAAGAACGAGAUCACCCGGCUGCCCACGGUCAAGACCCUGACCCUGGUGGCGGGCUCCCCGCUCCGGGUCGACCUGCAGCCCAUCAUCGCCGACGCUUUGCCCAUCUUGGCUUCGUUCCUCCGGAAGAAUCAGCGGGCCCUGAAGCUGGCCACGCUGACCGCACUAGACGUCCUCGCCCGGAACUACCGGACGGCCCUCCAGCCCGCCAGUAUCGACGCGGUCCUGGCCGAGAUUCCGGCCCUCAUCGGGGAGAAUGACAUGCACGUGGCGCAGGUCGCCGUGGGCUUCCUGACCACGCUGGCCCAGGCUCACCCUUCGUCCCUGGCCAAGGCCAGCAGCCCCGUCCUCUCGGAGGUCCUGCAGCUCGUUUACUCGCCCCUGCUGCAGGCCGGGGCGCUGACGGCCAUCACAGGCUUCUUCCAGGCCCUGAUGGGGACGCGGGCCCCCGGCCUGUCCUUCGGAGAGCUGAAGCAGCAGCUGACGGGCCCCGUCUACAGCGCGGGCCCAGACUCCCCUCCCCUCCACAAGCAGGCCCACCACUCGGUGGCCAAGUGCCUGGCGGCCUUGGUGGUGGCCUGUCCGCAGGAGGCGGCAGGCACUGUGGGCCAGUUCAUCCGGGACGCCCAGGCCCCCGGCUCCAGCCCGGGGGUCAAGGUCCUGGCCUUCCUGGCGCUGGCCGAGAUGGGCCAGGUGGUGGCCGGGAUGGGGCCGCAGCGGGAGCUGAAGGCGGUUCUGCUGGAAGCUUUCUCGUCGCCCAGCGAGGAGGUGAGGUCGGCGGCCUCCUACGCGCUGGGCUGCGUCGGGGCCCGGAACCUGCCCGAGUACCUGCCCUUCCUGCUGGGGGAGAUCGGCAGCCAGCCCAGGAGGCAGUACCUGCUGCUGCACUCGCUCAAGGAGGCCAUCGGGGCCGCCCCUGCCGAGGGCCUCAAGCCCUACGUGGAGGACAUCUGGGCGCUGCUCUUCAGGCACUGCGAGUGCAGCGAGGAGGGCACCCGCGGCGUGGUGGCCGAGUGCCUGGGCAAGCUGGCCCUGGUGAACCCUUCCCAGCUGCUGCCCCAGCUGCAGAAGCAGCUCCUGGCAGGUUCGCCACAUGCCCGUAGCACCGUCGUUACUGCCAUUAAAUUCACCAUCUCGGACCAGCCCCAGCCUGUGGAUAUCCUCCUGGAGGACUGCAUCGGAGAUUUCUUAAAGACUCUUCAGGACUCAGAUCUAAAUGUCCGACGAGUGGCUCUGGCCUUAUUCAAUUCUGCUGCUCACAACAAGCCCUCCCUCAUUCGAGACUUUCUGGACAACACACUUCCUCACUUGUACAAUGAGACCAAGGUCCGAAAGGAGCUUAUCCGAGAGGUAGAAAUGGGGCCAUUCAAGCACACAGUGGAUGAUGGGCUGGAUGUCAGGAAAGCUGCCUUUGAAUGCAUGUACACGCUCCUGGAGAGUUGCCUGGACCGACUGGACAUCUAUGAGUAUUUAAACCAUGUGGAAGAUGGACUCAAGGAUCACUAUGACAUCAGGAUGCUCACUUUCAUCAUGCUGGCCCGGCUGUCCACUCUGUGUCCCAACACCGUCCUGCAGAGGCUGGAUCGCCUAGUGGAACCGUUGCGAGCCACCUGUACCUCCAAGGUAAAAGCUGGUUCCGUCAAACAAGAAUUUGAAAAGCAGGAUGAACUCAAGCGCUCGGCUAUGAGAGCCGUGGCUGCCUUACUGACUAUACCAGAGGUGGAAAAAAGCCCAGUGAUGGCAGAAUUCUCUUCCCAAAUCAGAUCCAACCCUGAAAUGGCGGCUCUUUUUGAAAGCAUUCAGAAGGACUCUGCUUCCUUAUAUGCUCCAGAGUCAAUGGACUUGAGUUAAUGGCCUCAGAUUUUUUUCCUCAAAUAUAAACCCUCUAUUAGUGCAACAGAUUCCUAAUGAGCAAGUUGAGGAGUACCUAAGACGACCCCAACUCAGAGCCUUCAUCUACUACAAUCUGGGGCACACCCGCUAGUCUUUGGUCUUGGCCUCCAUUGGAGAUCUCUGUGCCCCAAAUGGUGCUAUUCCAUUUCUUUCUCCAGUGACCUCAAUCUGAUGGCAUAGCGACCAGAGCUGAAGGGUCAAGCAGAAUGCCAUGGAGUAACUAGGCCCUUUCAGUUCAAGGCCAAGUUUCAGACUAUUAAGCAGGGCCACUAGGAAAAAAAAUACUUCUGAAAGAUUUUUGUCUUCAUACUAAACAUGAAUGCUAUAAAAACGAG